UUCAGUAUUCUUCUGCUUCAAGUAAUCGUCAUAGUUAGAUUUCUUCGUUUUUCGGCAAAAGAAGAUGAAGUCCUGUUCAUCGGAGAGAAUCGGAGUUAGACAGUAUAAUAAAUCGGAACUGCCGCGGCUGCGGUGGACGCCGGAGCUUCAUCGGUACUUCGUUCAGACCGUCGAGAUCCUUGGCGGAAGAAAUCAAGCAACGCCGAAAAGAAUCCUGCAAAUGAUGGGAGUGAAAGGACUGAAGAUAUCACACAUAAAGAGCCAUUUACAGAUGUACAGAAGUAUGAAACUAGAGCAGGGCAGUAGUAGUAGGUUCGAGGAUGUAGUGCUGAAACAAGCCACGAAGCAGACAAGAGGAACAACGCUGCACUCUUCUGAUAUCAAAAUCUUCUUAUCUUCGGUCUCCUCUUCAAGUGGGACAUUGAGAGAAGAAGAAGAGUUCAACAGAAGUAAAAGAGAACACAAAUCUUCAUCCAUCAUGAAGGACAGCAUUAUUUCUCAACAGGAUUCAGAUUCGUGCUUGCAAAGCAGAAUGUCAGAAGAAAUGUUAGACGACCAGGAGGAAGCAUGUGACUGUGAACUGUCGUUAUCCCUCAAACCCACUCGUUCUCCAAUGACACAACAAUUAUGUGGCCAAGAUGUCAGCAGCUCUUCCAAUUCUACCUCCCCACAAAUUUACCAAUUCAAUUUUGUACAACUAAAACAAUUUCCCCUUCCUCCCCACCUUACAAAUUUGGACCUAACAAUAUGAAACCCCUCUUUCCCAUGAGAUUCAUAGCUUUAGCUAUUUUAAUUGCCCUUUUUCCGUGGAUUAUUAGGUAUUUUAUUACACUUUUUUGUGGAUUAUAUUGUUU